AGUAUCGACCUAUCGAGGCGAUAACAACAAUUGCGAAAACAAAGCAAUUCACGUAUCUGCAUAAUAAUUUUUGGGCAGUAUUUAUUAUCAAUUCGAUUGAAAAGCGUCGCAAUCGCGCCAUCCGUGAUCUAUUUAUAUUUACCCAAGAGUCGAUUGCCUGUUGCGUGCGUGUAGAAUUUCUUUUGCAUGUUGGAGCCAAACAUAGCAAAAGAAAAACUCUACACGGGAGCAACUACGCAACACCCUGCGACCUCGAGACGCGGCCAGUGCAAUUAAUUGAGAUGCAAAAUUACGGCGUUGGAGCUGCUGUCGCUGCUGCUGCAGCUCCAGCCGUCAAGCGUCGUACGGACAGCUACGAGGCUGCCCAACACUAUCCACACACGCCCAGCAGCGGCGAGAACUCUCGCUGUGAGAGCGAUGAGGAGUAUGUAAAUACAAGGAUCUUGCGACGACGCAUGGAACUGCAGUCGACGCCUUUGAUGGAAGCCAAUGUAUCAACACCACCUACAACAACAACAGCAGGAGCGGGAGCAGCAGCACCAGAAGCAUCUGUAGGAACGGCAAUGCCACAAGGUCAUGUGGAGCAGCCAGAGUUUCUUGCUGGAGGACCCACAUCGUCAACGGCGUCCUACAACGAGGAACGCAUGCGUCGCAAGCUGCAGUUCUACUUUAUGAAUCCCAUAGAAAAGUGGCAGGCCCGCCGAAUGUUUCCCUACAAAUUUGUUGUACAGAUUGUGAAAAUAAUUCUGGUGACAAUGCAGCUAUGUCUCUUUGCCCACUCACGAUACAAUCACAUCAAUUAUACGUGGGAUAAUCGCAUUGCGUUCUCGCAUCUGUUUCUCAAAGGAUGGGACUCGUCGCGAGAGGUUGAGAGCUAUCCGCCUGCUGUCGGACCAUUUGCCCUGUACGAGAAGUCCGAAUUCUUUAGUACAGUGCAGUUUGCAGUAGAUGGAUAUGCCAAUAUGAGCCGUUCCAUUGGACCCUACUAUUAUCCCACAUCGAACAAUACGAUGCCGCCGUUGACGCUGUGCAUGCAAAACUAUCGUGAGGGCACAAUAUUUGGCUUUAAUGAGUCGUACAUCUUUGAUCCGCAUAUUGAUGAGUUGUGCGAGAAACUGCCGCCAAAUGUGUCCAGCAUUGGGGUGGAGCAAUAUCUACAGGACCAAGGAGUCGAGGUCAAUUUUGCAUCGCUGGUGACAGCCGAUCUAACGUUCAAAAUCAAAACCGUCAAUUUUAAAGCCAACGGCGGACCGUUGUCGGCUCCCGAUUGUUUUAAAUUUGACCUAACGAUAAUGUUCAACAAUCGAGAUCACGAUGGACAAAUGCUUUUGUCCCUGGACGCUGAAGCAACGCGCUUAAAAUGCAAGGGAGAUACGGAUUUCAUAUCGGAGGCACGUUUCGACUCAAUACUGAGAAGUAUUCUCAAUAUCUUCGUGAUAUUGACCUGUGGUCUAUCCUUUGCCCUCUGCACUCGCGCUCUCUGGAGAGCCUAUCUGCUCAAAUGCACCACAAUCAAUUUCUUCCGCUCACACUUCAACAAGGAUCUGAGCUUUGAUGGGCGUCUGGAGUUUGUCAAUUUUUGGUAUAUUAUGAUCAUCUUUAGUGAUGUGCUUCUAAUUAUUGGUUCGGCUUUAAAGGAGCAAAUCGAGGGCAGAUAUAUGGUCGUGGAUCAGUGGGACACCUGCUCACUAUUUCUGGGAAUUGGCAAUAUGCUUGUGUGGUUCGGUGUACUCCGUUAUUUGGGCUUCUUCAAGACCUACAAUGUGGUAAUACUCACGCUGAAGAAAGCGGCACCGAAAAUACUGCGCUUUCUGAUCGCCGCACUGUUGAUCUAUGCGGGCUUUGUGUUUUGCGGCUGGCUUAUAUUGGGACCGUAUCACAUGAAAUUCAGAUCGCUGGCAACCACCUCGGAGUGCCUGUUCGCGCUGAUCAAUGGUGACGAUAUGUUUGCAACGUUUACGACGAUAUCCAACAAGGCCACCUGGUUGUGGUGGUUCUGCCAGAUCUAUUUGUAUUCGUUCAUUUCACUGUACAUCUAUGUGGUGUUAUCACUGUUUAUUGCUGUUAUUAUGGACGCAUACGAUACGAUUAAGAAAUACUAUAAGGAUGGUUUUCCCACCACCGAUCUCAAGGCAUUUGUGGGCGUACGCACCGCUGAAGAUAUUAGCUCCGGUGUAUUCAUGAACAAUCUGGAUGACUUCCAGCAGACAAGUUUUUUGGAUAUUGUGAAAAGUGUUUGCUGCUGUAACUGCUGCAAAAGGCGCAUGGAACCCGACCAUGGCAACAGUGGCUACGCGAGCCUAUCAAGUAUUUUGAAAUAGUUUGGUGCAUCUGAGAAAUUGUUUUUAUGUCUUGUAGCUUAGUUCAAAUUGUUGUUAAUUGUUGUGUCUUGUGUCUUGGUCAAAGUUUACUUGACAGCAAAGAGCAUUAAUUAAGGAACCCAAUGUACGUAUUAUCAGAAAUUUCACAAACCCAAACUGUCAGCUUCUAAAUGAGAUAACUUUUUUCAAUGACACAAUGACGUGGAGCGCAGCUGACUAAUUUUGUCCAAAGAUAAAUUUUGAUAAAAAAAAUAGGAAAUAUAAAAAAAAAAAAACAGAAAAAACAAAGCCAACACAAUAUUUGUGUGUGAUAGAAUACAGAACAAUAGAAAUUAUACUAAGCAUGGGAAUUGCAUUCAGAUCUUCCAUGUGAACAGAUCAUCCAAACGAGUUUACGUACAAAUAAGAAAGUCACUGUAUUAUCCAAUUAUAAUAUUGAAUUGGAUAGUUCAAUAAGUUUAAUCUAUUUAUGUUUACAAUGAAACGCUUGUAAAAUACAAAAAAAAAAAAACCAAAAAAAAUAUAUAACUGUUGAUUCCAUCGAAAUAAGUUAAUGAAACUAUUGGGUGGCAUACCCGAUAAGGUGUAUUUCUCCAGGGAACAAUAUU